CAAAAGAUAUGGCAAUGGCAAUGGGAAGUGCGAUUUUGAGAAAGGAAGUACUUCCAUUUGCAGCAAUGAUAAUAGUGGUGUGUAUGGAAAUGGCAACAACCACAAUUGCCAAAGCGGCCCUCAACUCCGGGUUGAGCUCUCUUAUAUACGUCGUUUACUACCAUUUCCUUGGCGUCCUCUUUCUUCUUCCCGGAUUCAUCAUCCAGCGCCACAGAAGGCAUCCUUUACCCCUAACUUUGUGUAUGCUGAGUAGAUGCUUAAUCCUUGGCCUGCUCGGGACAUGUGUGGUGGUUUUGGGUUACCAAGGGCUCAACUAUGGCUCUCCUACUCUCUCUGCUGGCAUUAGUAACUUGAUGCCUGGUUUUACAUUUGUGCUUGCAAUGGUUUUCAGGAUGGAGAAGUUUGAGGUGAAGAGAAGAACAUGGCAAGCAAAAUCAGUGGGCACAAUUGUGUCAAUCAUAGGGGCAUCUGUCAUGACUCUAUAUCAAGGACCGACAAUCUUGGGAUCGUCCAUUUCGCCUUCUGAUUUAUUGCCUCAGAAAUCUGAAUAUUCCUCAGGGUGGGUGGUGGGAGGUGUUAUGAUUGUAGGCGCAUACCUUUUUGCAUCUGGGUGGAACAUUCUUCAGACGGCUACACUAAAGGAUUACCCAGAACAGAGUACAGUAGUGUUCUUCGGUACUUGCUUUGCUACUAUCCAAUGCGCAAUUGUUUCAGUACUAGUAGAAAAGAAGGUAGAUGCUUGGAAGCUGCAGCCUGGCAUUGGAAUGACUGCCAUUGUUGUUUCUGCGGUUUUAGAGCCUCUGUGUAGCAACAAUAUUACUGCCUUCUGCUUGGGCAUGAAGGGUCCUCUGUACGUUGCCAUGUUCAAACCCCUGGGUGUUGUCAUUGCAGCAACUCUCAACCUCAUUUUUCUUGCAGACGCCCUUCAUCUGGGCAGCAUUAUUGGAUCAAUAAUCAUCAUUGUUGGAUUCUACAUGGUGAUGUGGGGCAUGUCUAGAGAGUCAAUAACCAUACUUGAGUCACUGGAUAUUUUAGGUGAAAGUGGAGCUGCUAAUGAAGCAUCCCAUCUCCUACAAAAUAAACCUGAUCAAUAUGGUCCGUAUUGACAGCUCAGUUGAUCACAAAGGUAAAGUUUAGGAAGAAAAAUCAAGGAUUGAGUCUCACCAACGUUUACAUUAUCCUUCUAGAUACUCUGUUGAGCUCUUGGAGUUAAAAGAUUCAAUCUUUUGGGAAGAAAAUAAACCUGAUCAUGAUGAUUUACUUAAAAGAUUCCAUUAGGUAGCGAUAUAUGAGGCCAAUACUACUUCAUCGAUCUAUCUUUCCCUCUUUGUUCUGUUGUACUGAACCUUAUUUCUGGUGGAAAAAACACGCUGCGGUAGUUGCACGUGUUUGGUUGCU